GAAGACGGUGACAGCAUUCCCACAUCCGGAGAGAAGAGUCCAUGUAAACAGCACAUUUGUCAAAAAGAUUGAAAAUCUGAUACUGGUUAGUGGAUAGAAAUAUAACUCCGUUAUCAUACGCAUAGUCAGACAUGGACUUAUGCUCAUUUUUGAACACCAGCUGCAAUUCGAGAUGCUUUAUUCAGAUUUUAAUCUAAAUAUGAUGUAAAUAAUGUGCAAUUUCCUCUAUUUUUAGCAAUUACCACUAGUCACUACCGGAUUACAUAUUGGGAUAUUCUUCAGUCUUCUAGCGGUAUGAGCAAGCGAUUAUUUUAAAUGUUAAAUGUCACUGGAGUCUAUUUCAAGCUAUUUUCAGAAGUCUACACAUACGAGCAAAUGUGUGACCGCAGUAGCAAUGGAGUCACUUUCAGACUAUUUUUCACAAUUAGUCUAUGGUAGCACAGACUCAGAAGAAGUGAUAGAUGAUGAUCGUAGUAGGGAGAAGCUAAAGUCUGAUGCAGAUGCAGGGAAUCCAAACAAAGCAUGGCGGAAACGAGCAAAGCUGUGCACUUGUGAACCUGUCACACCGUUGGAUCCAAAAUCACCUGUCAAGGAAAAUCAUGUACGGUUUGUUUGCAUAUCUGAUACUCACACAAAGUUGGAACAGUUCAGAAACUUAGAAAUUCCAGAUGGAGAUGUAUUAUUACAUGCUGGAGACUUUUCUAUGAACGGAAUACCAGAUGAAGUUGAUGUUGUUAAUAAGUACCUUGGAACUUUACCACACAAGUACAAAGUGGUCAUUGCUGGGAAUCAUGACAAAACGUUUGACCUUGACUAUGUUAAGAAGAAUAAAAUCACAGGAUUAUUGUCAUUACCUGGUUGGAACUAUGAAUCUGGACUGCAACAUUUUGGAGUGAAAACUGUUCAUGAAAUGCUUACAGACUGUAUAUACCUGCAAGAUUCAAUGGUUGAAAUAUAUGGCAUUAAGAUAUAUGGCACUCCCUGGACAGUAGGACGAGGUUUCUGGGGAUUUCAGCGACCACGUGGUCCUGGUUUGAUGAAGAAGUGGAACCAGAUACCAACAGAUACAGAUAUCUUACUGUCACAUAGUCCUCCCUGUGGUUAUGGUGACAAUGUAAAUGUUGGUGUUGCUUACAAAUUGAAGAGACUUGCUGGCGGGCCCUCGGAGGACCAUGUUGGUUGUGUUGACUUACUCAACACCGUACAGACUCGUGUUAAACCAAAAUAUCACGUGUAUGGGCAUAUACAUGAAGGUUAUGGUAUAAGAACUGAUGGGACGACAACCUUCAUCAAUGCGUCUACAUGUACACACUCAUAUGACCCUACAAAUCCAGCUAUAGUGUUUGACGUUCCUUUGCCAGAAGGAUAUUCUAAAACUCAAAAUGACAAAGAUAUAAAGAAAACUAAAGAUAUAUGCAGUGAUUGCAAGAAUACUGCAAAUAACUGUAAUGAAGGUGUUGAAUUCUUGGAAGAGAGCGACAAUGAUUCAAGUGACGACUUGAGUGAUUUUGAUGAGUUUAAAGCAGAAAGUGCAAAUGGUAAUGAGACAAAUGGUGAUUUAGAUUGUGGCGGUUUCCUCAAUACAGUAGAUGAAGAGGACGAAUAUUUUUUGGAUAGCAUUGAAACAAACAGUAAAGACGAGAGUGGUUUCAGUACUGAAAGUGCCAGCAAGAAAGAUGAUGAGGAGUCAGGUGAUGAAGACAGUGAUAUUGUUUUUGAUUCUGAGGAAAACAGAACUUAAAUAAAGAUGAAUGAUUAUAUAGAAGAAGGAUUUUGGAGGCCAUGCAAUAUAAAAAAAGAAGGAAAAUGAUGGUGAUAAUUCCAAGGCAUAUAUCAGUAUAGACUGUGAUAUUUGUUAAGAUUUUUAGUGUUUUUUUUUAAAACUAAAUUGCCCAUUUUAUUACAAUGGACUGGUACAUUAUUGAAAAAGUAAAAAAAAUACAUUUAAUGGCAUUGUAUAUAGACUUUGUGUUCAAGUGGUGUUUGAAUGAUAGUUUACUUUGAGAAUGUCUUUAAAGAAGUUGAACGGUAUUUGUAGUUAUCAAACUAUCAGUAUAAUGAAUAUGUGCACAUAGUAUUUCCAUUUCAGAUUUACAGCCCUUUUUGUUUACAUAAAUCUGUGAAUGCAGUACUUCUUCAAUGUCAGUAUCACUUUUAUAUACAAUUUUGAAGGAGCUGAUUUAAAGUUGAAAGAAAUGCUAUUAUGUUUAUUUUACAUUCUUCUUCAUUUGAAUGAAUGGAUUGCACAUUAGAUGAAUUUGCUUUGAAUUUAUUCAGAGAAAAAUGUUUUUUUUUCUGUUGAGUUUAGUUACACAAUCAUGUAUGAAUGGCAUUAGAAAUGCUUUGUAUAGAUAAGAAAUGUAUGACCAUGUCUUUAAAAGUCAUUUUCUCCUAAACUUUCACAUCAUCUUUCCACCCAUUUUAGAUGACAUUACAUGUAUAGCUUGUACACACAAGAUGAAUAAUUUUAGAUAACGUUUUGCACACAGUAUGAAUUGUUUAGAUGACAUGCAUACAAGAUGAACUGUUUUAGAUGGCAUUAUGCACACAUUAUGAACUGCUUUAAAUGACAUUAUGCACACAAUAUGAACUGUUUUAGAUGACAUUUUAUGCACAAGUUGAACUGUUUUAGAUGACAUUUUGCACACAAGAUGAACUGUUUUAGCAUACAAGAUGAACUGUUUUAGAUGACAUUUUAUUCACAAGAUGAACUGUUUUAGAUGACAUUUUAUUCACAAGAUGAACUGUUUUAGCAUACAAGAUGAACUGUUUUAGAUGACAUUUUGCAUGCAAGAGGAACUGUUUUAAAUGAUAUUUUGUGCACAAGAUGAACUGUUUUAGAUGACAUUAUGCACACAAGAUGAACUGUUCUUGAAGAUAUGUUUAAAGUACUGGAUCGGUAAUGACAAUCGGCUAAUGUAUUUUCUGUAUUACGGCAUUCAUGGUUUCAGCUCAGCUGAGAACAAAGUGCUUAGGGUGAGCUACUUUUGGUGGAAGUUGAUAAAACUUGGCCUGGAUGUUCCUUGGAUGACCUUCUACCAAAGUUGUUCAAAGAAUUUUAUUCCAUACAGAACUGUGGUUGUCAUGGUAACAGAAAAGAAAAACUUAGAAUUAAUCUUCUUCUCAGAAACCAUUUGCCAGACUUCACAAUAAUUUAGACAGAAAUAUUCCUUAGGGAACUGUCUACCUAGAUUUUUCAAAUUACUCUGAUUUGAUGAAAAACAUGGGUGCUAAAGAGCUUGUUCACUUUUCCCUGCAUGUAUAUACUAGGAAUUGAAAGUCUUCUUGUCAGAUACUGCUUUCCCCAAUUUUGUAAUAAGUUCAUCUAAAACUUCCUUGUUUGACAUUCUACCAAGAUUGUUCAAUUUUUUCCAGUUUGUCAAAAAAAAAAAAUGGUCACUUUACAUAGACUUGUAUAGGAAAAACUUGAAAAAAAAAUCUUGUAUUAAACCUUGAGGCCUAGAGCUUAGAUAUUUGGCAUGUAGCAUUUUGUAGUGAUCCUCUACCAAGUUUGUUCAAAUGCCCCACCCUGGAGUUCACUUGUUUUACUUAGACUUAUAGAGGAAAAAUUUAAAAAAUCUUCUUGUCAGAAAUGUAAUGACAUUGGGCUUAGAUCUUUGGAAUGUUGCUUUGCAUGCAGGUCCUUUACCAAGUUUGUCCAAAUUAUACCUCUGGGAUCCAGUUCGGUCCCACCUAGGUGCCACUUGUAUUUUAUAUAAGAAAAACUUUAAAAAUCUUCUUGUCUAAAAUCUCAAGCCAUGGAGCUAAGAUAUUUGCAUGUAGCAUUGCUAAGUGAUCCUCUACAAAGUUUAUUCAAAUCAUGCUUCUGGGGUGAAAAAAAAGCCCCACCUAUGGGUCACUUGUUUAUGUAAGAAAAAGUUUUAAAAGCUUUUUAUCUGAAGCUACAAGACCCAGAGCUUAGAUAUUUGGUUUGUAACAUCGUCUAAUGCUCCUCUACCAGUUUCUUUCAAAUCAUGCCCUUCUAAUCAAAACUGACCCCAGCCUGGGGUUCACUUGUUUCACGUAGACUAAUAAUGGAAAAACUUUGAAGAUAAGUCAUAAUCUUCAAAAUGCGUUCAAAUCAUGACCCUUAGGUCAAACUUAUCCAUUUCAAGGUGGUCGUUUGUUUUAUUUAGGCAAAAUUAUAAAGAAAAAAAAACUGUAAGAAAAAUAUCACCCUAUUUGUAAAUAUCACUGGCCCAAUUCUAAAAUAAUUUCAUGCAUUUGAGAGGUCAAGGUUAGUGUAACUACAAUAAUUGAAUUAUAAGCAACAUGUUCCCAUUUGAGUCAGGUGAGUGACAUACGGCCAUCAUGUCACUCUUGCUUACAAAAACCCAUGUUGGUGUUGAGCUACAUUUAUGAUGGUAGAAUACCAAAAUCACUAAAGUGAAGAUGUAAUAGCAUGGAAAUUACUGAGUGUCAUUAUGAGUCCCAUACCUUAAAUCAUUCUGUAAAAGCAAAAAUUUUCGCGAGAGUUUAAAUUUCGCUAUAUUCGCGAGGCCCUAUAUAUCACGAAAAUAAAUCAUCGAUGGCAUAAAUAUUCACCAUUAGUAUAAUUCAAAUUCAAGUAGGAUACCAUUUUUACAAUUUCGCAAAUAUUAAACCUCGCGAACAUACUCAAAAUUUCAAAUUCACGAAAUUUUGACUCGGCGAAAAUAUGUACUUUAACAGUAUUUUAUUGCUUUUAGUUAUAUUUCUUCUAGUCCUUGAAACUGUGUAUAUUGCAUGAAUCUUAUUAUAUUUUUACUACAUUUAUUUAACUACAUUUUUUUUGUAUUUUAUAUUUACAAUUUGAAAAAAAAUUAUAAUGAUAUUAUUGAUUGCAUUUAGACCACAUUCUCUUUACUAAUACCUUUUGCUGUGAUAAUAAAUGUUUACACUCUA